GAAUCUUCAAGAGCUUCUGUGGGUGAUAGUGAGUUGCAGUUGUGUGCUGAGGAGGAUGGCUUCCCAAGUGUCUCAGAACUACCACAAGGACUGUGAGGAUGGUGUCAACAAGCAGAUUAACAUGGAGCUCUAUUCCUCCUAUGUUUAUCUCUCCAUGGAAGCAGUCCUGUGACGAAUGGGAGUGUGCUGAGAAACUAAUGGAAUUCCAGAAUCAGCGUGGAGGUCGGAUCUUGCUGGAGGACAUCAAGAAGCCAGAGCAGGAUGAGCGGAGCAAUGGUCUGGCAGCAAUGCAGAGAGCUCUGCAGAUGGAGAAGGAUGUGAACCAGAGUCUGCUGGAUCUGCACAAACUGUCCACUCAGCACACUGACCCUCAUCUGUGUGACUUCCUGAAGAGGCAUUACCUGGAUGAGCAAGGGAAGAUGAUCAAGAAGCUUGGGGAUCACAUCACCAACCUGAAGAGACUGGGAGCCCCUGAGAAUGGCCUGGGAGAGUACCUGUUUGAUAAGCUCUCCCUGGAAGAAAGACAAUAAAUGGACUAGAUAUAAAACUUGUGUGACUCUUGUGAUGAGUACAAAGCUAUUGAAGUGUAUCAUGAACUGAAAAUAAGCUUUAGUAGUAUACUUUAGUGUCUGUUUGCUUCCACAUGUAUGGGCUGAGUAGCAAUUCUUUUGCUCUACAGCAAUGGAGUACAUUUUCCUUAAAGGUAAGAUGAAUAAUGUACAAAUGAGUAAUUGCUUUAGUAUAGUGAGGGUUGUGGUAAUAUUGAUAGUUAGUAGUACAAUGGUAAAUCCAGUUGCUAACCCUCUUUAAAUGCUGAUUUGCUGCCUGGAAUGAACUGCCAUAAAAUUUAAAGCAUUUAAAUGCAACAACUGACUUGCACCUGCAUGGUAAAGCUGUGUGUACAACAGAUUAUAUCAUCGUGGGGUCCACUAGCAAUUCUCCAUGCUGAAAGGUAAUCAAUUAGAUUUGAGCUUAGCUCAACCAUCUACUUCCUUGCUUGCUGCAGGGAGAUGUAUUUGGAGAUCUUAUGGAGUGGGUUGAAAUUGAGGAUUGGCCAGACUGAAUAAUCAACAUAAUGCUUCCAACCAAGAAAUGCACAAAAAAUAGGAUGAGGAGGAAUUGACUGGCAACUGCACUCCCUUUUACAAGGAGUGUAUAAUACUUUAGCAUGCAUCUGACCCUAACAUCACCUUGUUCCCCACAUCCCACCCUUAAAGAACAAGGUCUUAUUCCUGGAAACCUUUCAUUCCUGGUUUAUCAGGGAUAUCUACCUUUGCACUGGAAAACAGUCAAAAACUGGUACAUGCUGUUUGUAACAUUACUCAAUUUUGCUGCUUGUCCAAAAUGGGUGACCCUGGGGUCUGGAGAGCUCUGCAAUGAGACCAAUGCAGAGAGAUCUGCAGAUAGAGAAGGAUAUGAACUAGUCUGCUGGAUCUGCACAAACUCUCCACUUAGCAUGCUGGCCCUCAUGUAAGUUGCUAACCUUCUAUGGAUUUUGGGUAAUGUGGGUGGGGCCUUGCAGGAUCUCUAGCCCAGUGGUUUGGUUUCUCCUGGAUUUGCCAGGAAUGGGAGGCUAACUGACAGGGUAUUGAUGCAGUUGUUCCAAUGAUGAUCCAGUGUGACAGGAAUUGAUGGGAUAUGUGGAACUUCUCAUCAAUGUGAAAUGCACUACUUCAUAAUGGCCCAAUUCAAACAUAGGGCUGGAAAUAGCACUGGGUUGCUUUAUAUCUGAUCCAGGAUGUAACUGCAUUCUCUCCAGCUGUAUGACUUUCUGGAGAGCCACUACCUGGGUGAUCAAGUGAAGAUAAUCAAGAAGCUUGGAGAUCAAUCAACCUGAAGAGACUAGGAGCCCCUGAGAAUACCUGUUUGACAAGCUCUCUGGAGGAGUGAAUGGGUGCAAAGGUUCAAGUGUUUGGUAUUGGUUAGCUUUGAUUCAAAAUCUAACCAGAAUUGUAUCCUUUUUGACUUUGUACAAAGCUAUUGAAUGUAAAUAAAUGAUUCAAUCAUGGAGUGGGAUGGUAUCUAUGACUGCUUGAGUUUUGGGCUAAGUAGCAACUGUAUUUAUUAUCAGACACUUGGCUACACCUUUUCCCCUUUGAAAUUUGACUAAAUACUGUGGUUAAAUUUGAGGAUUUUGACUA